AUGUUAAGACGAAACAAUUUAAAAUAUUUGGGUUUGGCCGUGGUAACACUAUUUAUUUUUCAUUUGGUGUUAACUGUCACCAAUCCGAAGUCGGGAUAUUCGAGAUUCGAGUUUUCUGAUUCUAACAAAGAGGAUCUACCUAUAAAUAAAGAGCAUAAAAUUUAUCAUCAAAUUGGUAAAGCUAAGGCUGCCUUCGUGGUUUUAGCACGGAAUAGCGAUUUACAUUCGUUUCGAGCUACCAUGAGGCAACUAGAAGAUAGAUUUAAUCACAAAUAUAACUAUCCAUAUGUGUUUUUAAAUGAUGAACCAUUUACCGAGGAAUUUAAGCAACUCACUAGCGUAAUGACCAAGGCAAAAACAGAAUACGGGUUGAUUCCUAAAGAACACUGGAGUGUUCCCGACUCGAUUGAUAUGGAGCGUGUUUUGAGGAAUAUGGCCAAAAUGCGGGAGGAAGAUGUAAUAUAUGGUGAUAGUCUGCCAUAUCGUCAUAUGUGCAGAUUUGAAUCCGGAUUUUUCUAUCGUCACUCCUUGUUAGAUAAAUAUGAUUAUUAUUGGCGUGUUGAACCUGAUGUUCAAUUCUAUUGCGAUUUGGACUUUGAUCCAUUCAUGUAUAUGCAAGAUCAUGACAUCAAAUAUGGCUUCACUAUUUCACUGUACGAAUACCCGAAGACCAUACCUACUUUGUGGGAUGCUGUUAAGGAAUUUUCUGAGAAGUAUCCUGAAUUUAUUGAAAAAGAAAAUUUGAUGGAAUUUAUUUCAAACGACGGUGGUCAAUCUUAUAAUCUAUGCCACUUUUGGUCAAAUUUUGAAAUUGGAGAUUUGAAUUUAUGGAGAAGUAAAGCAUACACUGAAUUCUUUUCUUUCCUCGACAAGAAAGGCGGGUUCUUUUAUGAACGUUGGGGAGAUGCACCAGUUCACUCAAUUGCUGCCGCACUUUUCUUGAAGAGGCACCAAGUACAUUUCUUCAAUGAGAUAGGAUAUCGUCACGAGCCAUUUAUGCAUUGUCCCACCGGUAAUGACUUACAAUUAAAAUGUCAUUGCAAUCCCAACGAUAAUUUCGAUUUUCAGGGUUACAGUUGCACUUUAAGAUAUAUUGAAUUAAAAGAAAAAUGGUUUACGGAAAAAAACAAUACGAAAAUGAUUAACUGA